AUGUCGUUGAUCCCUUACCAGCCUCAGGAGGGCCGCGAGAUUGUGCUGUGCUUUGGUGUUGACCCCGAAUCCUACGUCGACCCGGGAUAUUUCCGCAUGCUUCGCGCUGGAAACGCUGACUCGACCGCAACCGACCAAGCGCCGUCGGGUCUCAUUCGCAGGCUGUUUCGACCUGCGCCCGGUGGCGAUAGUCAAGGCUCGCGGACUUCGCCUGCUGUAGACGAUGAUGCCGAGUUCAUAUCAAGCACCCCAGGCGUCCCGCAGCCCGAAGGAAGCAGAAUAAACAGGGAGGCCUUUAGCCCAAACUAUUUCAAGACCUUCUUUGUUGAAGAGAAGGUCUUGGGCAAGGGAGGCAAGGGAGUGGUGCUGCUGGUGCGGCAUGAGAUUGACGGCUGCCAGCUGGGCCACUUUGCUUGUAAGCGAGUGCCCGUGGGCGAUGACCAUGCUUGGCUUGAAAAGGUUUUGAUAGAGGUUGAGCUCCUCGCCAAGCUGUCUCAUGCCAACCUCGUUUCGUACCGACAUGUCUGGCUGGAGGAUGUCAGAUUGACCAUGUUUGGGCCCAGCGUCGCCUGCGCAUUCAUUCUCCAACAGUACUGCAACUCUGGCGACCUUCACCAGUACGUAAUUGGCAGUGUGCCCAGGGAGGUUACCAAGGAGGAGCUCAAGGAGCGCAUUCGCCGACGAUCGCGAGGUCAAAUUGAUGCAAACCGAGACAGCCUGCAUGAUAAACCCAGGCUGUCAGUGGAAGAGAUUUAUUCGCUGUUUAAAGACAUCACGUCUGGGGUUGCGUAUCUACACGGAGCAAAUUACAUCCAUCGGGAUCUGAAACCAAGCAACUGCCUCUUGCACCGAGAGGGCGGCAAGUUGCGGUGUCUCAUCAGCGACUUUGGUGAAGUCCAGCAAGAGAAUGUGGUGCGGAAAUCGACGGGCACAACGGGUACCAUUUCGUAUUGUGCGCCCGAGGUUCUCCGCAUGGAUGAAACUGGGAACUAUGGAAAUUUUACAACAAAAUCGGAUAUUUUCUCCCUCGGAAUGAUUCUCUACUUCAUGUGCUUCGGCAGACUUCCGUAUCAAUCUGCCAACGCCGUCCAAGAGGAAUUGGAAGACGUCGACCAGCUCAGAGCUGAGAUUACUGACUGGACGGGUUUCCAGGACGAGCGGCGCGAGAGGCCAGAUCUUCCCUCGAAGCUAUAUAUGCUGCUAAAGAAAUUGCUUGCUCUGGAUCCGGCUGAGAGACCCAGCGCCAAUGAAGUUUUGAAUGCCAUGAAAAGCGAAACCUACUUUGACGGAAUCACAAAAGACCGGGGCACGAGCCCUGCCGUCGGACUGCGAGGCAACAGAGUCCAAAGCCUGGAUUCUCCCGCCGCGCCCAGCACCCCAGAGCCAGCAGAUUUACGACGUGGCUAUCACUCUCGCAGUCUUAGCGUGCCUCAGAGUGAUGCCGCUUCAUGGCCAGCUACCGGCUCUCACGAUGAGGACAUCAUGCAGGACGGCUCGGUCUUUGACCAAGCCGACCCGGAACCUUCCAAUGCCAUCGUCAAAAGCCGUAGCCAGAAUGGGCAUCACGACCAUGGCCAACAUACUCUUCAAACAGCUGGUCAAAUAAACCUUCCCAUACAGACAAACGGCCAUGCUCGCCUGGAUGGACCCCUUCUCCUGACACCUCCUCCGCAAGAAGCUUCCUCCAUGCCGCGCGGAGCAGGGCUUCUUCUGCUGCGCUUCUGCGCUGCAAUAGGCGUCACUCCUGAUACUGUAAGAUACUUUGGUCGCCUCGCCUUGUUCCUCAUAAAACUCUCCACCUUGGUUCGGCCGUGCUGGCCCUACAUGGCUAGUCUCGAGGUCGGUGUCCCCCUCGUGCUGCUGGCUGUGUUGGACUUGGGUCUCCCAACCAGCACCAGCGCUGCUCCUGCUCGACGUCUUAGUCACGGUGAACUCGUAACAAGCCUGUUUCGCCAGACGGGGCUGGGAACAAGACUUUUAUUUCUUGUGUUGCAUUUGGCUGUAGUCUGGCUGGCUGGCCGCUGGGAGGCUCUUUGCGUUGCUGUUCCUCGUGAUGAGUGGGAUGGCUGGUAG